CACCCAAACCCCACUGGCGAGCACUGUUGGAUGAGCCAAACGGUACCUGGGUACAUGAGGGGCUGCUCAUUUUAGCGGGCGGGUUCCUCUGAACCAAUCGCCCCAACGCCUGGCUCCAGAGGGUGCGACAUGCUCCCGAGACCCCCCCUCGCUCCCAAGACCCAAGCGCAACAACAGGCAUUAACGUGUGCUACAACUCCGCAAUAUCCAGUCCAGACCUAAAUCAAAAUUCCGAUAUUGCCUUUUUCCAUAGCACCUUUUUCUCUCGUCACUUACGACAUUUGUCUACUGUCUGUUCUACCAGGUACCACUAGUGCGCGCCAUCUUACCGACAGAAUUACCUACCCAUAAGGUAUCCUGCAGUGUCUUGGAACAUUAUCUCUCAGCCGAGCGGCCGACUUUUGAAAAAGUCCACCUACUACCUGUACCUCUCCCGAUUUCCCACCGCUUCCGAGCACCCCGAGAUAGUAGACCGAAACGAUACAACUGCCAACGGCCCACUGACAUCAUGGCCGACGACCCGCACAACACGAGCGACAUCUCGGACCAAGUCGAGGCGGGCGCUGCUAAGGAAGAUGCCGAGACCACGGCGACGAGAAGAGAGCUGAAGCAGACGUCCAUUUCUGAAAAGGCGGGGCAGCUAUCGACCUCUCAAGACGACAAGAGCGCCUCUGACGAUGAUGAUGCGCCCAAAGAUAAGACGACUACUGCCGGCGCUCGCAAGGUCACGCCGCCAGUGGCCCUUGGUGUCCCAAGCGACGAAACACUGGCCGAGCAGAUCUCGUCUCCCAAGAAGAAGCGAGCGCAUGCCGAGUUGGACGAGAACAAGGAUGUGGCCGAGGCUCCUUUGGAAGGAGAAGGGUCUGCCGCGACCGACAGCAAGAACAACACAGCUGUGACGCUCAACCGUACAAACCGAUCCGAGCCCGAGAAGAAGAGACCACGGGAUCGCCAGGCCAGCGCGUCUGCUGUCAAGAGCGGACAGGAAGAAGUGGAGCCGUUGUCGGCAAGUGCCUCCCCACGAUCGAGCAUGGAGGAGCUGGCUAAGAGCCGACCUGCCAACACUGCUACCGUGCGUUCACCGAUCGAUAAGCCGCAAACUACCUCGACGUCUGCUUUUGCCUCGUCAGGAUUUGCCAAGCUGGGAGCCUCGUCUGCUUCGCCGUUUGCGGCUGCGUCAGGAGCCUCGCCAUUUGCGUCUGCUGGUGCUGGGAAGCCGAGUGUGUUUGGAUCGGCUGGGACGGCUGCGUCUUUCGGGAGCGUUCUUGGUGGAUCUACACCCGCUGCUCCGGCCAAAUUGAACUUUAGCUCGACCUCGACGGCGUCACCUUUUGCGUCGGCGCUUAACGGACAGACUGGCGGGGGGUCGGUGUUCAAGUCGAGUCCUUUUGGAAGUGCCUUUGGUGGUGCUAGCGCUUUGUCUGGUGGUGGUGCUCGGUUGACCAACUUUGGCAAGCCUGGUGAGGCCCUUAAGAGUGGCAAGCCGGCCAAGCCUUUUGGUGCGCCAGAAAGUGACGCGGAGGAGAGCGAGAAGGACGAGGACGGCGAUGAGGAGAAUGGGGAGGGUGCUGGGGCUGAUGGGGAGGAGGAGAACAAGGAUGAUGAGAAGGAAGAGAGUGAGAGGAAGAGGUUGAAGCUACAUAAGAGUGAGUCAUUUUCACGGCCAUUUAUCAUGAAUUCUUCUGGUAACACUGCCUACACAGUCGUGGUCGACGAUGGCGAAAGCUCAGAGGUCACACUCUUCUCCCAACGCGCCAAGAUGUAUGUUAUGGAAAAGGGAGUUGGGUGGAAAGAGAGAGGUGCCGGCAUGCUCAAGGUCAAUGUGCCAAGAGCGACGGUCGAGUUUGAAAACGACGGCUCCCCAGACGCGACCAGCUUUGACGCCUCGGUGUUGGAAGACAAAGACUACAGCGGACCUAAGAACGUACGCUUGAUCAUGCGCCAGGACCACACCCUGAGGGUCAUUCUCAACACGAUUGUGCUGCCAGCGAUGCAGUUCAAGAUUGAGAAGAAGCUCAAGGCGGCGACGGUGUUGUUCACGGCAUUUGAGAAUGGAGAGGCGCAGUUGGUACAGAUGAAGCUCAGUAACGCCAACGCGGAUCUGUUCUCGGACCUGGUGGAAAUGCUAAAGAAGGGCCUUGCAGACGUCUGAAAGGGUUUGAGAUGUUCCUUUCAAUCUAGGUUGUGUAAUUUGAUCUGAACAACCAGGCAGGCAGUCAUGCGACUUUGCGAAUGCAACGACAGCUUUGACGUAUCUUUUUCCCCUUUUUUUUUCGUCCACGUUUUUUUAUUUUAUUCAGCGGCUCACGAUUGGGCAUU